AUGGCGAUGGCUGACGACGAUGUCGAUCAGGCACCCUAUCCGCCGGAAUCCAUCCGCCGCGAUGACAACCGUCGCAUCGGCGCGGCGCGAUGCUGCUUUGGGCGUUUUUCCUCGAAAAUCGGCGCCUUCGUCCUCACGUCGUUCUGGGCGCAUCAGAUUGCUCUUGCGAUGAUUUACACGUUUCACAACCAUGACUGGCAGUCGCCCAGCAAUUUGCCGUUGACGCCGAUCCGCCUAUUCCAAUUGCUAACGGUGGCCAUCUGCUACAUCGGCCUCUGGCGGCAUAAAUGCUAUUAUCUGGUGCCGUUUAUUGUCUUUCAGUUGACGCUCGGCUCGUACGCGGAUCUGACCACGUGGAUGCUGCUGGUCAAGGCGCACAGUCAAAAGGAUACGGUUCCUCCCGUGUAUUUUAGCACUCCCCUCAUCUAUCUGGUGCUGCCGAUCCUGAUCUACGCAGCGUUCUGCGUCUUCUUCACCUACGUCAUGUACAAGUGCUACGCCUUUUUCAAGGCAAAGCAUUCUACCUCGACGCGUCCGCCGGAAACGCAGGAUCUUACCGAGUUGGAGACGUUC